CUUGAAUCUAGCUCGCACAAUCCCUGUCGACAGCAGGACGUCGCCGGCGAUCUGCCGCCCCGCUUCUGCGUCGACGCCUCCUCGCCCAUAGCUGCUUAAUUGUGAGCGCUGUGACUUGGCUACCAUUCCGCGCAUAGAGUAGUGCGAGCGGGCGCCGUGGUACAGAUCGGGCGCCCGUGACACCACGUGCCAAGACGGAGCUGGGCCGUUGCCGCUGCCGCUCAUCGCUGCCGGAAGGCUUCGAACUUCGAGAGGCAAAAUUUAAUUUGACGAACCGAGGUGAAAGCCAUACAAACACCAAGUUAUCGGAAUAAAACGCACUUUUGCUGGUCAUCGCGUCAGUUUGUGUUUCGGGCCACCAUGGAGGUCCGUCUCUUCGUCUACAAGAACGAGGCCGGGUCCGAGGGCAAGGUCGUGCCCCUCAAGGCCGGCGACAACCUUGCCAAGCUCAAGGCCCUCGCAAGCAAGAAGCUUGGCGUCAAGGCGAAGCGGCUCUUCCUCGCGUCAGGCGCCGAGAUUCACUCGGUCGACGAGCUCCAAAACAACGACACGCUUUACGUGAGCGGCGGCGAAGGGUUCUACAAGUCGCUGCCGGCCGCGUCUGGCCACGAGACCUUUCAUGUCUCAGUGCUGGGCAGCGGCGGUGUCGGCAAGUCGGCGCUCACGCUGCGCUUCGUCAAGGAUUACUUUGUGCGGGACUGGGACCCGACGAUUGAAGACGCGUACCGCAAGACGAUCGAGGUGCAGGACCAGCUGUGCAUGCUUGAGAUCCUCGACACGGCGGGUCAAGAUGACUUUGAGUCGCUUCGCGCGCAGUGGAUGAUGGACAAGGACGGCUACAUCUUUGUGUAUGCCAUGGACUCGCGCACGAGUCUCCACGAGCUGCAGCCGUUCUUUGAGCUCCACCUGCAGAUCAACGAGACGAAGCGAGUGCUGCCGCCGAUCAUCUUGGUCGCCAACAAGAAGGACCUCGUUGAGCAAGACCCGUCAAAGCGACAGGUCACGAGCGAUGAGGGCCGGCGCGUCGCGGCCUCGUACAAUGCGACGUACAUGGAGACGAGUGCGCUCACGGGCACGAACGUCAACGCAAUCUUUGAACAGUUUGUCGUCGAGGCGCGCAAGAAGCGCCUGCCACCGCAGAAGAAGCGCGGUCUCUGCUCUAUCUUAUAAUAUGCUAUUGCUACUCGUCCUAUCCUGCGUAAUGUACUCCGCAUUCGUCACUUUUGCAUA